GUGGGCCCCUCCGACGGUGUCUGGGUGUAUCCUUCAGGGAGUGGGGUGCCUUCGUCUGCCUGUCCCCUGUUUCUUGUGCUGACGCUCCCUCUGUCCUCCCCGCACCACCCCCCCCCCCAGCCCUUUUCUCCCUCCCUUCCUCCUUGUGGAGAGGCUCUUGGCCGGGGUCCCUGAGCCCGGGCGGGUGCUGGCGGAGGACGCAGAAGGGGUGAGGUCACAUCUCCCUUGAGCCCCGAGCCACUGGCUUUUCAGAGCCUCGCCACGAACCAGCGGCCAGAGCCCCAGACCACACAGACUGUGCGCUCCUCCGCCCUCCCUGCGCCACCGGCCUCGCCCAUGUCUCAGUACGCCCCCAGCCCGGACUUCAAGAGGGCUUUGGACAGCAGCCCCGAGGCCAACACUGAAGAUGACAAAACCGAGGAGGACAUCCCCUUGCCCAAGAACUACCUGUGGCUCACCAUCGUCUCGUGUUUCUGCCCUGCGUACCCCAUCAACAUCGUGGCUUUGGUCUUUUCCAUAAUGUCUCUGAACAGCUACAACGACGGAGACUACGAAGGAGCCAGGCGGCUUGGGCGGAAUGCUAAGUGGGUGGCCAUCGCCUCCAUCAUCAUUGGCCUUCUCAUCAUCGGCAUUUCUUGUGCAGUUCACUUCACAAGGAAUCAACACAACACGCUGCUGUGGCCAGAUGUGUUUUGUUUCCCCCACACGCCAAGCAAUUGUCCAGUGACUACCAACCGGGUAUCCUAUAAUUUAGCUCAAUUACCACACCAUCUACUGGAAGCUAGGGUCAGAUCCCACAGGUUAAUAAUGGUUUGGUCCCCCAAGACUGCCUCCCAUUUUAGAUGCUAAUUGAAAGCCCCAGGUUAUGACCUGUGCUUCUGACUGGCUGGCUGUAAUUUGGGGGUUUUCACAACUCCCUUCUCAGGUACUAUUAAUGUGCCGGAGUGGCUCACAGAACUCAAGGCAACACUUACUUAUGUUUAUCCAUUUAGUACUAUGAAUAUUACAAAGGAUGCUACCAAGGAUACAGAUGAACAGUCAGAUGGAAGAAAUGCUUAGGGCAAGGUAUGUAGGAAGGGGCGUGGAGUUUCCAUGUCCUGGCCAAGUGUGCCACCUUCUAAGUACCACCACACAUUCAGCAAUCCGGAAGCUCUCCCAACCCUGUCCUUUAGGGUUUUGCAAGGGGGCUUCAUUACAUAGGCAUGAUCGAUUACAUCAUUGACUAUUGGUGAUCAACUCAACCUUCAGGGCAUUUCUCCUCCCUAGAGUCCAGGGGGUAGGACUGGAAGUUCCAACCUUCUGACCAAAUGGUUGGUUCCCCUGGCAAUCCACCCCCAACCUGAGGCCAUCCAGGAGCCCACCAAGAGUUACCUCAUUAGAACAAAUAUAGUCCUAUCACCCAGGAAAUUCCAAGGGAUUUGGGAGCUCUGUGUCAGAAACUAGAGUCAAAGACAAAACAUCAAAACAAAAGAUUCUCCUAGCACCCAAUCUACAGGGGUGUCAGGAGCUCUGUCUCAGGAACCAGAGGCAGAAACCAAAUAUUUAUUUCUUAUUACAUCACAAUAUUACACCUAAGAUAUGUGGUAGAAGCUUCAGUUACUGCUGCUUCCCUGGAAAGUUUAUUUACCUCCCAAAUUUGCCCUUCCACCCUCCCUUUUGGUUUUGGUUUUGGUUUUUGAGAUGGGGGUCUUACUAUGUUGCCCAGGCUGGUCUUGA